AUGGCGAUACUACUGUACAAAUAUGUCCAAAGAAAGCGCAAUGAACGCCAGGCUCAAAAGGGCAUUCCCACCACCGACGAUUCCCAUCUAGUACCCGAACACAUAUCAGUACAAAGUGCUGUGAACGAGCACAAUGGCACAUCUGUCCCAGAAUCAACAGGAAGCCAUGUCAACUUUCUUACCCCGGAAGAGGCAGCACGGCAAAAGGCUGAAGAGCGGCGAAACAAGAUUCGACACUGGAAGCUGCUGCUAGGACUCGUACUGCCAAACUUUCUGGCUGCCAUGGAUGUCACCAUUGUCGCCCCUGCUAUUCCACUGAUAUCAUCUCAUUUUGACCAACUAUCAGGAGGCUUCAACUGGAUCGUAGCCGCCUACACUCUGACGUUUACAGCCUUCAUCCCCAUCUCGGGCCAACUGGCAGAUAUCUACGGCCGACACUUUGCUCUCCAGUUCGAGAUGUUUUGGAUCAUGGUCGGCAGCGUACUGUGCGUGUCUGCUCAGUCAUGGACCAUGCUGCUUGUAGGACGGGCACUGCAGGGCUUGGGCGCUGCGGGCAUCAUGAGCUUGAGCCGCAUCAUCCUAUCCGACGGCACAUCGCUUGCCAACAAUGCGAGCAGCAACUCGAUCUUGUCGCUGAUCAGCGGGUGCAGUUACGCAGUAGGACCAGUCAUCGGAGGCUCCCUUGCAGACGCAGGCUGGCGCUACAUCUUCGUGCUUCCAGUCGGCGUCUCGGUGCUAGCCAUGCUCGCCAUUGCUCUCCUCAUGCGCAAGGAACUCGUCCAAGGCCGUACUGCCACCAAAAAACACAGCUCCCGCCGCCUAGGUUACAUCUCAGGCCUUGCCAUCAUCGACUGGCCCGGCGCCACCAUGUUCAUUUUUGGCGUGGGCUGCAUCAUCCUUGCCAUGCAAUGGGGCGGCAGCCAAUAUGCAUGGUCGUCUCCCGGCGUGAUUGCCCCCUUCACCGUCGGCGGCAUCCUCUGCAUCCUCUUCUUCAUCUACGAGUACCUGCUUGGGCCCGGCCGCGCCGCCGCACGCCUGUUUCCCCGCCAAAUCCCCAUGAUCCCUUCUGUGCUCUUCCGCAAAAAAGACACUUCCCUCCUCAUGGCUAUGAAUUUCGCCGCGGGAAUCAGCCUCGUCGCCGCCUUCUACUUCCUCUCGUACUACUGGCAGCUCGCAGAGGGCUACUCGCCCAGCAAAGCCGGGCUGCAGCUUCUAUUCUACACGCCCGGGCUGGGCGUAGGCGUCUACUCGGCAGUCACCAUGUGCAACUUCUGGCCCGGCCAAACCGUGUUCCCGCUGAUACUCGGAUCUGUCGUUGAAGGCGUGGGGCUCGCGGUGCUCACGUACUCGAUUUCCAUUCGCCACACCGUGCUCGUCAAGGUGUUUGUCGCCGUCACGGGCGCAGGCACAGGACUCCGCUUUAUGCCGUCUACGCUGCACGCAGCAGGCAUCUGGUCCACGCGCGUCACUAGCAUCCAGUCGCUGCUAGGCUUCAUGCUGCCUCUCGGCCAGACAGUCGGGAUAUCCAUGAUGGGCAGUGUCUUUUCCAACAAGCUUUCCACACUGCUAUCUCGCAUCAUCAGUACCCACGGCAGCAUCCCCGUCUCUUCCUCCACGGAAAUCCCGUCUGUCGAGCUGCUCGACAGCUUGCCUGCAGCAGUCAAAACUCAAGUCCAGGAUGCGGCUGCAACCGCAAUCAUGUGGGCCCUGGUUUCCGUGCUGCCCUUCAUGGGCCUCUCGAUUCUCGCCUCUUUGUUCCUCGGCAACGUGUGGAUUGGGCGGAAGGAGAAGAGGACGGCAGGCGGAAAGGUGCAGCGCGAAGAGCGCAAGGGCAGCGUCAUGUAUGGUGUUUAUUUGCUGGCGCUGUGUACGGGGAGGAUAGCCGAGAGUAAGAAGGCGUUGGAUGUGGAUUUGCAGCAGCAAGAGAUGGAGAGGACGGAGUCUGUGGAAGCGUGAAAUGCGGGUUUGACGGCUCGAGUCGAGUCGGUGUAUUAGAUUCUGUAUAACAGUUUUUACUUUCGCUUUU